CAUCUGCGCAUGCGUACCACUUUUACACUAUUCGAAUAUGGCUGUUAGGUGUUUGAAGGCGGCUCAGAAGAAUCUACAAUAUUUAAAUCAUUUGUUAUCGCUGGCUGCGAAGAAUAACCGGGGUUCUCUGUGUUUGCUGAGUACAGCAGCAUACCAAAGGACAACCGGUGACGAUCAAAAUGUUGACGAAAUCCAGGAUGAGCAAAGUCAGUCAAUAACCAUCAGGGCUCUCGAAGUGAGAGCUAGUAAACUUGAAGAGCAAGUUCGUGAUCUCACUGAGAGGUAUAAAAAAGCUUUAGCUGACUCUGAUACAGUUCGAAGAAGAACUCAGAAGUUUGUGGAGGAUGCAAAGCUCUUUGGUAUUCAGAGUUUUUGCAGGGACUUGGUGGAGGUUGUUGACAUCCUUGAGAAGACUACAGGGAAUGUGCUUGAGGAAGAGUUGCAAGAUCCCAACCCUACCUUGCGAAGCCUUUACGAGGGACUCUCACUUAUUGAGUCAAAGUUGCAAAGAGUGUUUUCCAAACAUGGGCUUGAAAAAAUGACUCCAAUUGGGGGCAGAUAUGAUCCUUAUGAUCAUGAAAUAGUAUGCCAUGUUGCUGCAGAUGGAGCCGAACCUGGCACGAUAACGGUUGUAACUCAGCAUGGGUACAAGCUUCACGGGCGUACAAUUAGACAUGCACUUGUAGGAGUAGCAGUUGAAUCUCAAGAGUAGUAGUCCUUCUGCAUUUGUUAGUUUGGAAGUUGAGAAGAAAACUAAUAUAAUUGAGAAUGUUUAUGGUUAAUAUCAAUUACAUGACAUAAAUGAAAGACAUUGAUUAGUAUACUGAGUAUCCUGUUUCACUAUUGCACAAAAUCUGCAUUUUUUAGUUUUUGGGAGUUGUACAAAAGAUUCAAAUGGUGCUGGUUUAUUCAUGACAUAUGAUGUUGGUGUACACUGCUGUAGAUUAUUAGAGGUCUGAAAUUACAUUAGUUUUUUCCUAAUUUAUUUAUGUAUAUAGCUUUUUAUUAUCAUCAUAUUUUUGUAGCAUGCAAAUGUGCAGUUUAUUCCAUUGGAAACAUACUAAAUCUGUUAGAAUAUGUUUGUUUGCUUUUCAGACCUGGUGCACAAAUUUCCUCAAGUCUGUUUAUUUUCUGAAGUAUGCCGUGAUUUGUCCUUUGUCCUUCUGAGCCUUCUUUUCUUUUAAGGAGUUUGUUAGCUUACACACAGGUACUGGGCAUGCUUUUAAUAUAUAAAACUGAUCACUGAUUACAAUUGGAUUGUUUAGAGACGAUGUGGAAAUGAUCUUUGAACUUGUCUUUUUUUAAUAUAUCUAUCUAUAUGUAGUUAAUCUGAGUGGUUUCCUGUGUGAGUUUCUGACGCAACUGCCUGGCAUCUGCAAGGUUAUUGAUUAUUGAAGGUUACUGUGCAUGUGAAGGAUUUUUUCCUUGUAAUUAGUUUCAAGCAUUGUGAUUUAAUUUAUUUUUUUUCUAUCAAUUGAUUUGAGUUCUGUUUUACUUUGAUUUGUUUUUGCUCGUCUUCAGUCUAUUUGUAUUCAGGUCUUGUCUACCUCCUUUGUUUUGUCAAUUCCUCUCCUCAUUUUUUUUAUCAACAUGUGACUAAAGUGAAUUGUAUGUAACACAGAAUGAACAAGAGUCCCUGUCUGUUUUUAAUGUUUCGUUUUAUUUUCUUGAGGUCUGCCUCUGUUUUAAUAAAAAUGUCUUAAGACAUUUUGUCAAGGUUUGUUCUUUACACAAUGUAAAAAAUGGCACAUGUCCAUGUUCUUAAUUAUUUGCAAAUUGAGCACAUUAAUAUUUGGUCGAGGCUAAACACGAUUUUUAUAAUCAGUUUGUAUGUUUGAUUUGCUUUUUCUAGUGUUUUGUUAGAUAAUUUAGUGAAAUUUGUAAAUACUGUUCAAUAUGCUUUUGUCUUUCUGAUAUUUUCAGUUUAUUAGCAUUAGUAUCAGUAUCAUGAAACAUUUGUCCACGUUGGGAGAGCUACAGUCAGUGUCAUCUGUACAUAUUAAGUUAUUUUGAUACAUUUGUAAAUUAUAUAUGCUUAAAGCUUUAUUGUACAGAAAGCUAUUGUUCAACCAUUAACUUUCAAGUGAAUGCUAUUUAAAUAGGAUAAAAUUACUUGGAAUAAAUAAAGCAGACUAUUAUUACAAUUAA